GAGAUAGAUACGUAAGACGCUGAAUCGAUUUUUUGCUUGUUUCUUAAAGGUUAAGUGUUUUAGGCCAUUUUAAGCAUUUUUAGACAGCGGACAAAACAUAGAUGUCGAUUAUGUUGCGAUGCACCAUGUUUUACUUAUCUUUGGCGGCUUAUAUAUCAAUUAUUUUUGGUUUUAUCGAAAAAUUUUCAACUGACAAAUUACUCUUCACAUUUUAAACUAUGACUUUGUAAUGAAAAAUUAAUCGAUAACUUAAAUAUGAGCCGAGAUAUGUGCUGUCUUAGACAUGAUGCAUCGAUGAAACAACGUCGUAAAAUUUUUACGAACGAUGCACCAUGUUGUGCUCAUCUUUGACGGCUUAUAUAUCGAUUAUCUUUGGUUUUAUCCAAAAUUUUCAACUGACAAAUUAUGCGUUAUAAGUUUAGCUGUAACUUUGUAGUAAAAAAUUUAUUGAUACCACUUAUCUGAAGCGAGAUAUGAGCAGUCUUAGAUAUGGUGCAUCGACGAAUUCUAGUGCCCUUUUCUAGAACCGUCUCUCCCUUUGUUCCUGCUUCUACAAAUCAUCGUUCCAAUAUACACCUCGCCCUCUAUAUUAUUCCUAUUACUCCCCCUCUUUCCGAAAAACGGCCUAGUUUUCUUCGAGAGUGAAGAUGAAGAAAAGAGAUUUUCUCGUAGAAAAUAAGUGAUGGAUUGGCGCAAUAACAUGCGACAAAAAACUGCUUACGGUCAUGUAGGUCAAUGGCGAGGUGCCGAAGAAUCAGUGGGGGAGGAAUAAGACAAAAAGUUUUCAACACACACAACUGUGCAAGUUUUUCAGGGUCAAAUGGAAAAGUAUGGUUAUCUCAAAGGCAUCGAUCACUCGUCACCGCAAGAAUUUCGGCAAGCUCUCAUGUUCUUCCAAGUGAAGUUCUCGAGGUGGAACAGACUGGAAACGUCGAUGAGAUGACUGUCGAGGCGGCGUCAAAGCCAAGAUGCACACAGACUGAUGUUCGACAAGAGCAGACAAAGCGGACGAAGCGAUUUACUCUCUCAAAACGAGCCAAGUGGGCGCACGCCUCCGGUCAAUCCGUGACGCUUAAAUGGUAUAUCUCCGACUACACCAGCGAUAUCGAUCGUCUCGAGACCCGGAAAGUUGUCGAGAAGGCGUUCAAGCUGUGGAGCUCGCAGAGUUAUAUCAAGAAUGAGAAGAAGGUCACGUUGACGUUCCAGGAAGCAUCGUCGAAGGAUGAAGCCGAUAUUAAUAUUCUAUGGGCCGAGGGGAAUCAUGGUGAUGAGCAUGAUUUUGACGGAGCCAAUGGAAAAAUCGAGGGAAACAAGAAGGAAAAUGUGCUCGCGCAUACCUUCUUCCCCGGCUACGCUCGCCCAUUAAACGGAGACAUUCACUUUGACGAUGCCGAAGACUGGGAAAUCGAUGUGGAUCAGGUUGGACACGGAAGCAAUAAACGAUUUUUCCCAUAUGUCCUGGCUCACGAAAUCGGACAUGCUCUGGGCCUCGAUCACUCGCAGAAGGCCGACGCUCUAAUGCAUCCGUAUUACAAGAACGUUCCGAUCAACGAGAUCCAGUUGGACAUUGAUGAUAAGUGUGGAGUGAUCUGGAAUUACGGUGGAGCAUCCGACUUUUGCCUGUACGUCUGGCUUAUGAGCCAGAUCGUCGAGGCACACAACAGCUCGGCACAGAAUAAUCAUGGAGUCGGCUCGAUUACCAGCUCGAGGACCAACAAGAAAUCUUUUAAAAACUCAAAGAUUCCAAAGUGCUCAUCGAAUAACUCAAGUCAACGGACGCUUGCCGAGAAGAAGCUCACACUCGGCUUGCAUUUGAGUGAAGCCGAUGCAAAACGAUACACCGAAAUGGUGUGCAACUUCCUCGCCGGCCUCCACAUGUGGCGUACAAAUCCCAACCAUCACGCGUCGGAAUCACUCGAAAAAGAAUACAAAGGAGUCUCACAGGAGAUGGGCACUUUCAGCGGAAAGUCCAUUGCAGUGAGACGUUUGAUACGGCAUGCCGAACAUCAAAAAGAGCGAAGUGAAAAAGGUCCACUGGACCCCGACUACUUCGACGACGAUUUCUUCGAAAACUUCUUCAUGGAAUACUCCAAGUAAACCCUUCAUCACCUCCAUCCAUAGUCGCUUCUUUUUGCUAGCUGUCUUAGAUUCUCCAGCUUUUUUUCCUAUAUACCUUCCUAGCUUAACCACAUUCUGAUCUUUGAAACCAAAUCCCCAGUGCAAUUGAUAGCACCCAAUUAGGCGUCUCCGUUGCUCCUGCUUUUUCUUCUUCAUAUCAUUAUUUGAUAUAUAUACGAGUUGAUUAAUUAAUUAAUUAAUUAUUUUUCAUAAUAAUAUUAUUUUUCCUUUCGUGUGUGUGUUUGUGUGUAUGUUUGUAAAAUUUGCUUGCUCCCCAAUCUUCCUCCCCUAACUCACUUCACAUUUCCAAAUUGUUUCAAAAUCUUCCAAACUCAUAUUUAUUCAUGUUUUUAUGACAAGAAUGAUAUUACUUUCCCCCUUAUCCGUCUCCUGGUGUGUACCAUUGAUCUCCGUGUGUGUGUGUGUGUGUGUGCUCUGUGCUCUUUUUCUGUAUAUGUGGUGGGAUCCCUUUUCUUUUUGAAAUUUCUGUGCGUGCAAUAAGUUCUAGCUUUUCCUCUUUCCAACAUUUCGUGUGUCUCUUCCCGUUCAAAUCAAUGAUGGCAAUAAAAACAUUUCCAAACUUUA